CAGACGAGUAAGACAGUGUUCUGGCUGUAUAUACUCUUGCUGGAGCAGUAAGUCGUGCACAUUAACACCUUUACCGGGCUAACAGGAGCUCAGUGCACACUCUGGAUAACGAUGCUGAAGUGCAAGGACAUAUAAAGGUCUGCCUGACAUUUAUGAACAACCAGCUGCUAAAGGGUGCUGUUGGUCCUAUACUCCCACGAAGAAACUGAACUGGAUUUUUUUUCCUUUUUUAAUCCUUCUCUGGAGACAAACUUCACUAAGCCAUUGACAAAACAGCGAAUCAAUGCGUGCCUUCUGAGUCUUUAACUAGAGACUUGCUCAUGUUUCAUUGAUUCUUCAUUUGCUGCUGCUGCUGCUGCUGUUCACUGAUUCCUACAUCUCAGUGGGGCCACAGGGAUGCAGCUAACUGGUUGGGAGAUGCUGUGUGCAUUGUGAGAGAAAACAUCUUGUUACUUUCUUUUACUUUUCUAAGUGGAUUUGUGUCUUGAACCCUUCUGUGCUUGCAGUGAAAAACUUCAUUCUCUGGCUGCUGGUCACAGUCUGAGUAGCAUAUACUCUGAGCUCAUUGUCACCCUAUUCCUUCCAAGAGGAUUUAUGCCUACAGAAAUGAAUAUCACUAAAGACACAGACAGCAUCACAUGCAACAAUGUUCUAUGGCUCAGCAGUUACUGUACAAUGGACAGAAAUACAUCUUCUGCAGCUGAGGCCCAGAACCCUUUCCAACUCCCCACGUUUUCUCCUGCCGCUAAGGCACGGGUAAUCAUCACUUUCGUCAUAUUUGCCUUGUCGGCCUUCUGCAAUUUGGCUGUGGUGUGGGCCUCCACCAAUACCAGCCGUAAGAAGAGGUCUCAUGUUCGGAUCCUCAUACUAAACCUCACCACAGCAGACCUCCUGGUGACAUUCAUUGUCAUGCCACUGGAUGCCAUUUGGAAUAUCACCGUGCAGUGGCAAGCAGGAGACCUAGCCUGCAGGAUACUUAUGUUUCUGAAACUACUCUCUAUGUACUCUUGUGCUUUUGUCACAGUGGUGAUCAGCAUUGACAGGCAGUCUGCCAUUUUAAAUCCACUGGGCAUCAGCGAGGCCAAGAAGAGGAACAAGAUCAUGCUGUCUGUGGCCUGGCUGAUGAGCAUUCUCCUAUCAUUGCCACAGCUGUUUCUGUUUCACACAGUCACCAUCACUGAGCCUCAAAAUUUCACCCAAUGUACCACCAGAGGCAGCUUUCAGGAGCACUGGCAAGAAACGGUCUACAACAUGGUGAGCUUUGUCUGCCUCUUCCUCCUCCCACUGCUGAUCAUGAUUUCCUGCUACUCGAGAAUCCUGAUAGAGAUCUCCAGGCGAAUGAGCAAGGGAGCAUUAUCUUCAAAGGAAGUUUAUCUUCGGCGCUCUAAGAACAACAUCCCCAAAGCUCGCAUGAGAACGCUAAAGAUGAGCAUUGUCAUCGUCAGCUCUUUCAUUAUUUGUUGGACACCCUACUAUCUCUUGGGCUUAUGGUACUGGUUCUAUCCCGAGGCAAUGGAGGAACGGGUUUCACAGUCCUUGACCCACAUUCUUUUUAUCUUUGGUCUAGUGAAUGCCUGCUUGGACCCUAUUACGUAUGGACUUUUCACCAUACAUUUUCGGAAAGGCCUUCACCGUUACUGUAGAGGCGGUAGGGCCUCAGACCUUGAUACCAGUUCUUCUGUAACCGGGUCUUUUCGGUGUUCAAUGUCCUCAUUUCGUGCUAAGAAGAUUGUUUUAAACCAGGAAUUACAAGUAAUGCAGGGCUACAAUGGCUCCUCAAAUAACUCAGAGUUCAGGACAAAUGGACUGAACAGUAGUUGUUUAUAAGACAAAGGACAAAUGGACACCAGUAAUUUGUUUUCAUAUAGAGUAGUAUCAUAUACUUCAUUCAUUUCAACAUUUCCCUAUUUCUAAGGCAUGUCUAUUUAAGCCCCUUCAUUGCAGAGCAUUUUUUUUAAAUAACUCAGGGAUACACAAUUAUCCCACUUUGGAUUAUAAAUCUUUAAAUUGUCACAAUACAAAGUCAAAAAUACUAAUUCGUCCUGAUAUCUGGAGAAGCAGAUCUUAAGGUUGAUUUGUCAACACCCACAGCAGGCUAAUUGGACGGAUUAAUAGUUCAGCACUUGGAAAUUUGAUCUGAAAAUCAUAUGGUUUUGGGCCCACACUUGGAUCAGCGGUGUUAUAACUAGUGCACCAUGAAUGACCUGAAACCCAAAUGAGCACUGUAGAUGGGAUUAUAUGUUAUUGUUUAAGAAAGACAUGGAUAUAUGGGUGUUAUUAACACAAAUAUGUAUAGCAACAAGCAUAUAUUCAUAUUAAAGGGUAAUUUGUUCACCCCUUUAAAUGCUUUGCUUGCCUAGCAGUAUAAUUAAGUAUUUAUAUAUGUGAGUGUGUAUACCCAUGUCUAUCUAUGUACACGCAUGUAACGUAUACGUUGGCCCUUUAGGUAUGUGGCAGCCCUGCUAUUUUAUACAUUACAUAUUUUGCCUAGGACUGACUGCAGAAUUCUUUCUGCCAUACUCAAAGUAGUAAGCUGAGCCUACCUGUUACCUGUAAAAAUCUCUUUUGUAUGUUCAGUAAAUCAAACUUGUAAAGGUGACUUUUAGACAAUUCCCAAAAAUAUCAUCUUUAUAAUUGGGGGAGCAGUCACCAGUUUACUGAUCUCAGAGCCAGCAAUGCAAUUCUCUUCUUCUACUGCAUUCACUGGAUUCACUAAAAUGGGCGACUCACCUUUUUAAUAUGUUAUAGAAGGGCCAAUUCUAAGUAACUUUCUUUAAUAUUUAUUUUUUUUUAUAGUUUUUUAAUUACUUGCCUUUUUCUUCUCUUUGCAGAUUUUAAAUGGGGGUCACUGACCCCAAGAGCCAAAAAAGUGAAGUAUAAACAGGGCACGGUGAUGUCAGUUAAGGAAGGGACAAAGGCAAGAGAAACAAAAAGAGUAGAAUGGAAAGGGAGGGCACAAGAGGAAAGAGAGAGAGGGGAACAUCAAGUACGUUUAUUAAGAUAAUUGGUAACAGAGGGAACUGUCAUUGGGGUAGAAGAGUAGGGAGAAACAAAUAAUGAAGUCAACAGAAAGAAGAUGACAAUAAGGAAACAAUUAAAGCAAGGGCACACUAAGCGAAUUCACCACUUACUUUUGCAGGCAUUUCUUAUAGACUCAGAAGAAAGCAUAUCUGCUUUUAUGCACACACCCACAUAGCUCCAUUGACAGGCCUGGCAUCAGCUGGGCCUGUCAAGAAUAUGCCAUUACAUUAUACAGCUCUAAAUAUAUAAGAAAUGUGCUUAGAAAAAGUGCUUAGUACUGGUAACUAGGCAGACCUGACAGGGAACUGCAGUAAAGACCAUUAGGGUAAACCCACUUCUCAUCUGAAACACAGACAGCGACCAGAGAGGAUCAGAGAACCAGAGAGGAGCUUCAGUAAAGGGGUCAUUUUUAAAGAUAAUGAUCAUUAAAAUCAGCACCAUAUAGCAUUCAUAAUUGCCAAGAAAAUUAGGGGAAUGAUGGCAUGUUCCCUGUAAAGUAGUAUUUCAUUAUUUUACUCUCCAUUGCUGAAACUUUUCGCUAGUAUACCUGUACAUCAAGUAAUGAUCAUAAUUUAAAAGGAAAGGGGAUUAACUGAUGGAGGAUAAGAGCUGAAUGCCAUAUCAUUGUUCUUUGCAGUGUAAAAUAACCUAACUCCUGCCAAACAUGUCCUACAUUCUGCAUGGGCUCACAGCUACUACAUGAUUCCAUCUUGCACUCCCCCUAAAUGCCUUUGUAAAUUUGUUUUAUGAAUGGUGGCAAUGUCAGAUAGCACAUCUGACAUCUAUUUACUGGUCUCUUAUUCACAAACAAAUGUCUAGAGUAAUCGGGAAAGCACUUAAAUACAAUGGAAUUCAAGGUCUCACUCCCUGGCAAAGUCUAAGUAAGUCCUUAGGGAAAUCCAAGCAUAAAUAUGCUUUUCUAAAAAGUCAAUAAAACUAAUCAGGCAGAAUUCUUGUCUUAAAUGAUUACUUGAAGCACAAUGUACCAGUAUUUACAAUAGUAUCCAGUUCAGACUGAUGGACAUUCCUAAUUCAUUAAUCAUGUUUUUGAUGUAGAUUUUCUUUCAUUAAAGAUAAUCAUAAUGUUUAUUUUAUCAUUUAAAGCCCAUUUGAUAUCACCAACCAAACAAAUUAUAAAAAUGCAUGAGCAUAGUUUCAGGUUUUUUGUGAGAGUUCAGUACCAUGUCAGAAGUACAAAGCCCGUAAAUCAUCUGUCUAUCCUUAAAAUGUAAAUUGUGUUACAA